GCUCCGGCGCCCGUUAUAUUAGCUGCGUAGUCGCUGCGCAGAAGCGCCCGGAGGUUCCCAAGAGUCCGGAGGGAGAGGACCAGCCGGACGAGCGAGUUUCUUUGCCCGCCUGCCUCGAGGAGAACUUCAGCUGGACCGCGGAGCUGCUGGUCGGCAACAGGAAACUUUUCUGGAGCAGCCGGAGGAGGCAGAGCUCCGUCGCCGUCGCCGCAGCGCGGCUGGGUUGCUCCACGCCGGGUUCGGGGAGUUCGAGUGGACUUGCGAGGGCUGCCUCGGCCCUGGCCGCGAUGUCCCUGGCCACGGACGCCGCGGGGCGGAGGCGUCGGGGUGUCGGCGGCGACUGGCCCUUGGCCGAGGGGUGGCUGCUGCUCUUGGCGCUGCUGGUGCUCCCGGGGACGCCCGGGACCCGGGCUUUCGUCUGCCUUCCUUGCGACGAGUCCAGGUGCGAGGAGCCCAAGAACUGCCCCGGCGGCGUCGUCCUGGACAUCUGCGGCUGCUGCUUCAUCUGCGCCCGGCAGCGCAACGAGAGCUGCGGCGGUUUCUUCGGGCUGCACGGCGCCUGCGACCGCGGACUUCGCUGUGUGAUCCGUCCGCCGCUCAACGGCGAUUCUCUCACCGAGUACGAAGCGGGCGUCUGCGAAGAUGAAAACUGGGAUGAUCAGCUACUUGGAUUUGAGCCUUGCAAUGAAAACCUCAUAACAGGCUGCAAUAUAAUCAAUGGAAAAUGCGAAUGUGAUACUAUUAGGACCUGUAGUAAUCCCUUUGAGUUUCCAAGCCGGGAUACUUGCCUGUCAGCUUUAAAAAAGAUUGAAGAAGAAAAACCGGACUGCUCUAAAGCCCGUUGUGAAGUGCAGUUUUCUCCACGCUGCCCAGAGGACUCAAUUCUGAUUGAAGGCUAUGCUCCCCCUGGAGAAUGCUGCCCUCUUCCAAGCCGCUGUGUCUGCAAUCCUGCAGGAUGUUUGAGGAAGGUCUGCCAACCCGGCUAUUUGAAUAUAUUGGUUUCCAAAGCGUCAGGAAAGCCAGGGGAAUGCUGUGAUUUCUAUGAAUGUAAACCAGUGUUCAGUGUGGACUGUAGUACAGUGGAAUGCCCUCCGGUCCAACAAGUUGCCUGUCCUUUGGAUAGCUAUGAAACUCAAGUCAGGCUGACAGCUGAUGGAUGCUGCACUCUUCCCACAAGGUGCGAAUGUCUCUCAGGUUUAUGUGGUGUUGCAAAAUGCGAGCCAGGCUUCAUCCCCCAAAUAGUGUCACGUGGAGACGGAACACCUGGCAAGUGCUGUGAUGUCUUUGAAUGUGUCAAUGAAGUGAAGCCAGCGUGUAUAUUUAAUAGCGUGGAAUAUAAAGAUGGAGACAUGUUCCGAAUGGACACUUGUCGGUUUUGUCAAUGCCAAGGUGGUGUAUCUAUUUGUUUCUCCGCACAAUGUGGCGAGCUACACUGCGAUAGAUACUAUGUACCCGAAGGAGAGUGCUGUCCAGUAUGCGAAGAUUCCAUUUCCCCAAUUAGCAACCCUGCAGGAUGUUAUGCUAAUAGUCAGAUUCAAGCGCAUGGUGACCGCUGGAGGGAAGAUGAUUGUACUUUCUGUCAGUGCAUCAAUGGAGAGUCCCAUUGUGUGGCCACAGCCUGUGGACAAAGUUGCUUGAACCCUGUAAAGGUUCCAGGAGAAUGUUGCCCAAUGUGUGAAGAGCCAACCUACAUCACAAUAGGUCCACCUACAUGUCCUCCUCUGGUGAACUGUACGCUAAAAGAGACAGACUGCAUUUAUGACUUCAAAGUGGAUCAAAAUGGUUGUCACAUUUGCCAGUGUAAAACUAGGGAGGAGCGGUGUACCAAUCUCAUGUCAGAUUGUUCCUUGGACUGUGACUUUGGUUUCCAAACAGAUGUCCAUAACUGUAAGAUCUGUCAGUGCCACCCACGGCCUAAGAAAUGCAAACCCAUAGUAUGUGACAAGUACUGUCCCUUUGGAUACUUCAAGAACAAACACGGAUGUGAAAUCUGUCGUUGUAAGAAAUGCCCAGAGCUUUCAUGUGGGAAGAUCUGUCCAAUGGGCUUUCAGAAAAAUAACCAAGGAUGUAAUAUCUGCAAAUGUGCUGAGAUACCAGCUUCCAUAAUACCACCUGCUAAGGUAGGGACUUGCUUAUCAAUAGAUGGGCACCGUCAUGAGAAUGAAGAAAGUUGGCAUGAUGGCUGCCGUGAUUGUUAUUGUCAUAAUGGACGGGAGAUGUGUGCUUUGAUUACUUGUUCUGUUCCCAACUGUGGCAAUCCAACAAUACACCCAGGACAAUGUUGUCCAUCAUGUCCAGAUGAAUCCAUUGCACAGAAGCCAGAAAUCAGUGGUCCAACCAUCUGUUAUGUUCCAGGAGGAGAGUAUUUUAUGGAAGGAGACACAUGGAACAUUGAUUCUUGUACCCAGUGUACAUGUCAUAAUGCAAGAGUCUUAUGUGAAACUGAAGUCUGUCCCCCUCUACUUUGUCGAAAUCCUACACGUACUCAGGACUCAUGUUGUCCCCAGUGUCCAGAUGAGCCUGUUCAGCCUUCCUUGUCAACCAAUAAAAGCAUGCCCAGUUACUGCAAAAAUGAUGACGGUGAUAUCUUCUUAACCGCUGAGUCAUGGAAACCAAAUGUUUGUACCAGUUGUAUUUGCUUGGAUGGUGGAAUCAGCUGUUACUCUGAAUCUUGCCCACCAGUAUCCUGUGAAAAACCUGUUUUGAGGAAAGGGCAAUGUUGUCCUUACUGUAUAGAAGACACAGCAGCAAAGAAGGCAGUAUGUCAUUUUAAUGGAAAAACCUAUGCGGAUGAAGAACGUUGGGACAUUGAUAGCUGCACUCAUUGCUACUGCUUGCAGGGUCAGACGCUUUGUUCCACAGUUAGUUGCCCCUCUCUUCCUUGCGUGGAACCAAUUAAUGUGGAGGGAAGUUGCUGUCCCAUGUGCCCAGAAAUGUAUGUACCUGAACCUACCAACAUUCCAAUUGAGAAGACAAAUCAUAGAGGUGAUAAAGAACUAGAAGCACCAGUCUGGCCUACAUUCAGUGAAAAUGAUGUUGUUCAUAUCCAUAAAGAUAUGGGUCAUCUUCAGGGUGAAUAUAGAGAAACUAGAGGAUCACAGCCAACUGCAGAAGCAUCUCUUGAUUCUCUUGCCUGGGUAACCGUACCCCUCUUAACAGCUCUAGUUCUUAUAAUUGCACUUUUGUUUAUCAAUCAGAAAAAGCAAUGGAUACCAGUAUCCUGCUACAGAACUCCAGCAAAGCCUUCCUGCUUAAAUAAUCAAUUAGUGUAUGUGGACUGCAAGAAAGGCACCAUGGUUCAGGUGGACAGUUCUCAGAGAAUGCUUAGAAUUGCUGAUCCAGAUUCAAGAUACAGUGGAUUCUACAGCAUGCAAAAACAGAGUAACUUACAAGCAGAUAAUUUCUAUCAGACAGUGUGAGAAACUGCAUCUCUUAUCAAGAAAUUAAGAAGAAACAAAGGCUGAAUCUGCUAUUCAAAUAAAACUAGAAUCAUGCACUUGCUUAGUGGAUUGUAUUGGAUUUGUGACUUCAUGUACAGCUCUAAGACCUUGUUGGGAUUGACUCUGAUUCCUGCAGUGUGCCAGAACAAGCAUUCCCACUUCUGACCAAGUGUUUUCCUGGAACCAAAGUUUUAAAAUUUGUUGAUGUUUUGCUUGUAACAUAGUAAUCAUGAUUGUUUGGGAAAAGAAAACUGGGGUGAGCUUGCGUGGUUAGAACAAGAAACUUCAAAGAAUAGCUGGUCAGCUUAGCUUGGAGUCAAAAGAAUAUCUCUUUUUACUGACACUCCAAAUUGCAUUUAUUGCAGUGAAGUAUAAGCAGAACCCUAACACAAUUCAAAUCAGAACAUUUGGGGUGCUUAUGCUUCAAAAGUAAAUCCGUAGGAUAAUCUAUUGCAUGAUAGGUGCAGGAUAGCUACAGCUGUAUUUUUCUAUCUGGUCAGAAGCUGCAAUAGUGUAUGAAUGAUACAGUAAGGAAAACAUUAAAACAAAAAGGGCAAAUUAAUGGGAGAUAAGUACAAUCAUACAUUGUGCUGCUUUUUGUUUUUCAUUUUGAUGUUAAUUGACCAGACUGGCAAUUAGCAAAUAUAUAAUUCCUGAGAAGAGCACUGGAUCUUUUGGCAACAGUAUUGAAGGGGGAUAGAGGAAAAGGUAAACACCGUUUGAUUCCAGAACUCUGUUUGGGGGUGUGUGCGCGCGCAUGUAUGUGUUUCUUUUACUGUCUAUCAGUUUUAGGUGUUUCACACACCAAAUUAUCUUUGAAGAAAAUGAUCUUGUUGGAUGAAGAUCUAGCUCUGAUUCAUUUUUGUAUCAUGUUAAAGGGGGGCGGGUUCUGUUACUGAUUAUGCAGACUAGAAGCAACUUUCAUGCUAGGAAGCUGCUUAAUUUUAAUGUAUAUUACUCAAGCACCUUUUUGGAAGCUCAGAAAGAAAGAUCAUGCUUCUUUAAAACUUUAGCUUUAUAGAAAUAUCCAUGUAAAUAUCGUUAUGCUUAAAAAAAGCAUUUGUGUGUCUCUGUGUGUUUAAGUGUUUAUGUGUAUAGUAUUUUAUAUAUACAUACACAUGUGUAU